CCUCGCGGCCCCAAUAAAGCGCUGAUCUCAUGCCCUGAGCGGCCCCACAGCUUUGGGAUCGCUUUGGGAUCGGCCCCGGGCUCCGGGAUCGCUUCGGGAUCGGCCCCGGCUUUUGGGAUCGGCCCCGCCCUUUGGGAUCCCCUCUGGGAUCGCCUUUAGGAUCCGGCCCUUGGGAUCGGCCCCAGUGCCCGCGGCCAUGACGCCGUACCGGCAGGAGCUGGAGAAGUACCGCGACAUCGACGAGGACAAAAUCCUGCAGGAGCUGUCCCCGGAGGAGCUGGCACAGCUGGACAGCGAGCUGGCCGAGAUGGACCCCGAGAACGUGCUGCUGCCGGCGGGGCUGCGCCAGCGGGACCAGACCCACAAGAGCCCCACGGGACCCCUGGACAGGGAGAAGCUGCUGCAGCACCUGGAGCGCCAGGCGCUGGAGACCGAGGAGAGACAGGACCUGGUGCCCUUCACCGGCGAGAAAAAAGGGAAGCCGUUUGUCCCCAAGGCGCGGGGGCCGGAGCUGCCGCGGGAGGAGCAGGUGACGCUGGAGCCGGAGCUGGAGGAGGCGCUGGCCAACGCCACCGAGGCCGAGAUGUGCGACCUGGCCGCCAUCCUGGGCAUGUACACGCUGAUGAGUAACAAGCAGUACUACGAUGCCAUCUGCAGUGGGGACAUCUGCAACACCGAGGGCAUCAACAGUGUGGUACAGCCGGACCGGUACCGGCCGGUUCCGGACGAGCCGCCGAACCCCACGGACGUGGCCGAGACUCUGCGGCGGCUGCAGGAGAACGACCCCGCGCUGCUGGACGUCAACCUCAACAACAUCAAGGACAUCCCUGUCCCCACGCUCGAGGCCAUCUGCGGGGCCAUCAGGACCAACACCCACGUGCGCAGCCUCAGCCUGGUGGCCACGCGCAGCAACGACCUCGUGGCCAACGCGGUGGCCGAGAUGCUGGAGCACAACCGGAGCCUGCAGAGCCUCAACCUCGAGUCCAACUUCAUCAGCAGCGCCGGCGUCCUGCGGCUGCUGGGGGCCGUGGGCCAGUGCCCCACCCUGAGCGAGCUGCGCCUGGACAACCAGGUCGCCAACAGAAGAAAUCCUAAAAAUCCCCCCGAGCUCGGAAACCUCCGGAAUGAAGUGGAAAAAUGCCGGGAAAAGGCGCGGAUUUGGGAAUUCCCGGGGAGAAUUCCCGCUGGGAAUGUGGGAAAAGGAGGGGGACGGGGCCGGGAGGGGUCCCCAGAACCCCCAGAUCCCUUCCCGGGGAAUUCACGGCUCUCCGGGGAAAAAAUGCAAAGGAAAAAGUUUCGUUCUCCCCUCCCAGGAAAAUAAAAAUUCAAA